AUGUUACCUCGAUUCCUGACCACUUUGCAUCCGAUGGAGCGGCAUUAUUUUAUGGUGCCAAAGUUUGCCCUUUCGCUGAUUGGUUUCUAUCCGGAGCAGGAGCGAACUUUGCCAGUGAAGCUUUGGAGUUUUUUCAAUUUCUUCAUCCUGACAUACGGCUGCUAUGCAGAGGCCUACUACGGGAUUCACUACAUUCCGAUAAACAUAGCAACUGCCCUGGAUGCCCUAUGUCCGGUGGCCUCGAGCAUCCUGUCUCUGGUUAAGAUGGUCGCCAUUUGGUGGUACCAAGAUGAACUGAAGAGCUUGAUCCAGCGGGUUAGACUUCUAACAGAGCAACAGAGGUCCCCCAGGAAGCUUGGCUAUAAGAAGAGAUUCUAUACUCUGGCCACUCGCCUGACUUUCUUGCUGCUUUGCUGUGGAUUCUCCACCAGUACUUCGUACUCCGUCAGGCAUUUGCUGGAUAAUAUCCUAAGACGGGCCCACGGGAAGGAUUGGAUCUACGAGACUCCUUUCAAAAUGAUAUUUCCUGAUCCUCUGUUAAGUCUGCCCUUGUAUCCCAUCACCUACAUAUUGGUGCAUUGGCAUGGCUACAUCACAGUGGUUUGUUUCGUUGGGGCAGAUGGCUUCUUCCUGGGUUUCUGCUUGUACUUCACUGUCUUAUUGCUCUGCCUGCGGGAUGAUGUCGGUGAUUUACUAGAGGUUGCCAAUAUCGAAGAGACUCCCACCGCGGAACAGGAAGCGCUGGUGGUUCGGGAAAUGGAAAAACUGGUGGAUCGGCACAACGAGGUGGCCGAGCUAACAGAGAGAUUGUCGGGUGUUAUGGUGGAAAUAACACUGGCCCACUUUGUUACCUCGAGUUUGAUUAUCGGCACCAGUGUGGUGGAUAUGUUAUUGUUUUCUGGCCUGGGAAUCAUUGUUUAUGUGGUCUAUACUUGCGCCGUGGGCGUAGAAAUCUUUCUCUACUGCCUGGGUGGCUCUCACAUCAUGGAAGCGUGUUCCGAUCUAGCUCGCUCCACUUUUGCCAGCCACUGGUAUGGACACAGUGUCCGCGUCCAGAAGAUGACUCUCCUGAUGGUGGCCCGUGCCCAGCGAGUUCUCACAAUUAAGAUUCCCUUCUUCUCUCCAUCUUUGGAGACGCUGACCUCCAUUUUACGCUUUACGGGAUCCCUUAUUGCCUUGGCAAAGUCGGUUAUAUAA